ACCCGAGCGGCAGAUGGGAGACACGUGAUACGAGGAAGGUUGAGGGGAUCACAUGACUUUACCCUCUUCCCCGGUGUCCGAGCUCUAGCUCCCCGCCGCGGGCCGUAGUGCCCCUCCUGUGAGUCGUAUUAUAUAGUCCUGCAACUGCCAGGCUACCUUUCUGGGCCAAUGAGAGAGCUUAUACCGAAUGCCGUCAUGAAAUGCUCUUCUAAAUGCCAUGCGAGGGGAGAGUGGGAUCUUGCACUCUUAAGAGCAGGCAGCCUAGGGGACACAUGGAGGGUGUCUAGGGACUGGGGAACUGAGACUUACUGGAAGAAGGGGCCUUAUACCUUCACAAACUAAGGUGGAGUGGAUCUGAAUCCUGGUAAGAGGAGAUAGAGGCCACCUCACUGAUCUCCUUGUCUUCUGGCAUUUCUCUUAAAUCCAGCGUUUUUACAGCCGACAUAGUAAUCUAACGAUGCUCUUAAAAAUCACCCCAUUUCUAACCCUUGGACCCUGAACACAGGCCCAAGUUUGUCAUUAAAGAUCUUGCAGAGCCUGACACCUAAUUCCCACUCUCCCUGGUUUGGGGUGGGUGGGUGGUGGUGGUAUGAUGGAGAGGUUGCCAGGAUGCCUCACCAGCCAUAGGGAAACACAGUUUCCUGAUUGUCCUCCUGGCCUUUGCACAUGUGACCUGGCACACUCUCUCCCCACCAGGCCUGUGUUGUUUUCAUGACACAGUACAAUAUUCUGAUUGUCAUUUCUGCCCCCAUGCUCUAUAAUCAUCUUCAGCGACCUGUACUCAAUCCAAUGUUGAUUCAUUCACUUACUGAAUCAAGUAUUUAGUAUCUGUGAUGUGACACACACUGACACACUGUUCUAUCUACAGAUAAAACACAGCAGUUCACAAAACAGCUAAAUGUCCCUGUAUACAUGGAGCAACACAUUAUAUUGUCUUGUUCUGGGUCAGUCUCUUCUACCAAACUUGGAGUUCUUGGCGGACAGGGACAGGAUAGGACUCCAUGACCCAAGCCCUGGAACUUCCUUAGACAAAACUUUAAUUUUGAAUUAAUGAGUAAAUUGCAGUCUAUCACCUUGGCUCACACUAUGAACCAUGUCCUGAUCCAAGAGGUUGAAGGAGAAGCCACCAAACCCAGCAGCUCUUAUCCUUCAAAUCAAGACCCUGGAGUUCUGUAAAUUCUCUCAGGGCUCCUGAAGGGUACGAGUCAGUUCCAGCUUGUUCCUGUGGCCAGUAACUUGAACUGCAGGUCUCAGGUGACAGCAGCAGCCUCACCAUCAAUAAUUGAGAGGACAUCCAGUCUGCCUCAGGGUUCUCUUCCUCCAAGGACUCCCCCUCCUGUCCUAUGCUCUGGUCUUCCCCAAGCAGGAGCCUCCAGCCCAGGGCCCAAAUAGGGACCAUGUCCCCUGCCAUUGCGCUGGCCUUCUUGCCCCUCGUGGUGACAUUGCUGGUGCGGUACCGGCACUACUUCCGACUGCUGGUGCGCAAGGUCUUGUUACGGAGCCUCCGAGAUUGCCUGUCGGGGCUGCGGAUUGAGGAGCGGGCCUUCAGCUAUGUGCUCACCCAUGCCCUGCCUGGGGACCCCAGUCACAUCCUUACCACCCUGGACCAUUGGAGCAGCCACUGCGAGUACCUGAGCCAUAUGGGGCCUGUCAAAGGUCAGAUCCUGAUGCAGCUGGUGGAGGAGAAGACCCCUGCCUGUGUGCUGGAGCUGGGCACUUACUGUGGAUACUCCACACUGCUCAUAGCCCGUGCCCUGCCCCCUGGGGGCCGCCUCCUUACUGUGGAGCAGGACCAACGAACAGCAGCAGUGGCCGAAAAACUCAUCCGCCUGGCUGGCUUCGACGAGCGCACGGUGGAGCUCAUUGUGGGUAGCUCAGAGGAGGUGAUCCCAUGCCUACGAACCCAGUACCAGUUGAGCUGGGCAGACUUGGUGCUCCUGACACAUCGGCCCCGAUGUUACCUGCAGGACCUGCAGCUGCUGGAGGCACAUGCCCUUAUGCCAGCUGGUGCCACUGUGUUGGCUGACCAUGUGCUCUUCCCUGGUGCACCCCGUUUCCUGCAGUACGCCAAGAGCUGUGGCCACUACCGAUGCCGCCUCCACCACACUGGCCUCCCAGACUUCCCUGCCAUCAAGGACGGCAUAGCCCAGCUCACCUACACAGGGCCUGGUUGAGGUCCAGGCCCAGGGGUUCUUACUCUACUCCCUACCUCCACCCAAGCAAGGACCUCACAAUAUCCUGUCCCCUCCUUGCUUAUGGCUAGGGAGGCUCUCCUCCCACCCCUGCCCCACUCCAGUUCCACACUGAUCUGAGGCAUCAAGUUCUGUCAGGCUGUUUGGCCCCAUGGUACCCUUCCUUCAAGGGAGAGCCAUGGGCUGACAGGCAAGAGGCCUGAGCUCCCAGCCCAGCUCUGUCACUGAUUUUCUGAGUGACUCCAUGGGAGUCCCUACUCUGCUCUGAGACUUAAUCCACUUUCUUAAUAGGAACAAAGCUGGCUGGGAGAACUCCAGGUGCCUCUCAGCUCUGGGCCUCAGAAAGCUUGCCCUCCCCAGCCCAUGCCAUUCAGGGUGGGAACAGGGGAAACAGUGAACACUGAGUUCAUGGCCCUGUAGGAAUGGCUGGGUGCAAGCUGGGCCGGAGGAAAUGGCAAUGGAGCCAGGGCCA